AUGGAGACAUGCAUCACGCCACGGGCACGCGACGCGAUAACAGGCUCAAGCCAGAAACAUCACCCCAGAAAGCAGACAGAAAGCGCUGCAAAAUACCAAGCCAAAUCACGCUGCCUGUUCUACGAUUCACACUACACAACAUCACUACGACCUGACCCAAGCACGCCGUCAAUUACCACAAUGUCAGACCUCCACAAAGACGACGAAACAACCCAAACAAAAACAAACAACACCACCUCAACUUCAACAUCACACUCCCACUCGCCAGACUCAACAUCACCCGACCCCUCCCCCCUCGACAACUCCAGCACCCCGAUCGCAACACGCUGGAUCAGAGCCGAAGAUGCCGAGCGGAGACGAAGUCGUAGCAGGGACGAGGGACGGAAGAGUCCAGAUUUCGGAGAGGGGAGGAGGGGUAGUGUAGCAGAGCCUAGACGGAGUAGUGUGGUGAGCGGAAAUGGGAAGGGAUUGGUGGUGGAUAAGGAGAAGGAGCAGAGGGGCAAGGUGGCGAAGUUGUUGGAUCAUAAGUGGGGGCCGGGGUUUUUGAAGUAG